CAGACGCAAAGUCGGGCAUCGGAGGCACAAAGAACCGGUCUGAGAUGUCACCCACAGAAGGUCCUUGUGUGACCCUGACACGGCGUGGAGGCCUGCUGACAUGGCCUCCAGAAACUUCUUUGGGAGCCUUUGGUCUCCUGUGGGACCUCAGCGUGGAUGGGCUCUUCCGUCCGUCCGAUGCGGACACGAGCUUGUGGUGCCCCUCGCUGCAAGAGGUCACGGCCGCGUUCCACAGCCUGGGUACCCACAGCCCUGCUUUGCAGCCCCCGGGACCCCUCCAGCACGAUGGGAGCGAGCUUAAAAGUGAGGCUAGCCUGAGCCGGACUGAGCAGCAGGACACCCCCCAGGAGACGGCCUUGGACAGCAGCCUGAGCCACAUCUGUAAGUUCCUGAUGCUGUGCGUGCUGGCCCAGCCAGGGGCCUACACCGAUGGGAGCCUCUUGGGCCUGAUUGAGCUGCUGUGCCGAGCCGGCUUGGACGUGGGGCUCCGCCUGCUGCCCAAGACUGACCUCCAGCAGCUCCUGCUUCUGCUCCUGGACAGCAUCCAGGAGUGGCCGGGGAAGCUCCGGCAGCUGUGCUGUGCCCUGAGCCGGGCAUCUGAUCACCACCACAACCUGCUGGCGCUUGUGCAGCUCUUCCUGGACGUGACGCCCCGGAGCAGGCAGCUUCGACGCCAGCUCAGCCUCGUGAUCAUUGCCCGGCUGCUGGGCCAGCAAGGGACGCUCCCUCUCUGGCAGGAGAAGACCCAGCUGUCCUCGCUCAGGCAUCUCCUGAGCCUCAUGAGGCCAUCAACCCUGGGGCAGUACCUGGGCCCUGAGACCAUGCCGCCCGGCCAGGAGAAGCAGCCAAAGGCCAGUGCCCAGCUAGACCACAAGGUCUGCUACCUGUGUCACAGCCUCCUGACGCUGGCUGGGCUGGUGGUCAGCGGCCAGGACAUUACUCCAGACCAAUGGGGAGAGCUGCAGCUGCUGUGCAUGCAGUUGGACCGCUGCAUCAGCACCCACAUCCGGGAGAGCCCCCAGGCCAUGCACUGGACCACACUCAAGGACCUGGCUGCCCAGACCUACAUCCGCUGGCAGGAGCUGCUGGUCCACUGCCAGCCCCAGACCCAGUACUUCAGCCCCUGGGAAGACAUCUAAUGGAGCAGGGCAGGGGUGGCCCAGUGCUCCUGGCCCUGGCAGGAAGUGAACAUGUCCCAGCUAACUGGAGGCAUGAAGAAUGGAGACCAGAGGAGGACCAGCCAGCUGAACCAAGCACCUGCCUCCCCUGCUGCCCUGAGCCCCCUCCGGGCGAGGAUCCUGCCUCUCGCUGCCUGGCUCACCUCUCAGCUCUCCUUCCCUUCCCCACCGUCUCCU